AUGCUGUCAGGCUUUGAUGAUGGCCUACUGCACAACUAUCUCAACGACGAUGGCUGGUUUGGCGAGAUAUCUGGCACGGCGCUGCUAACGGCCGUUGCCUACCGCAUGGCCGUCAAUGAUCAUGUCAAGUUCCCUCAAAAGUACAUUGACUGGGCGGAUACCAACCGCAAGGCAAUCGCCAGACAUGUCAAUGACAAGGGCGUCGUGUCGCCUGCGGUUAAUCCCUUGGGCUGGCAGGACCGCAAGAAGUUCACGACUGGCUCCCCGGAGGGUCAGGCGUUUGUGGUCUUUUUGUACACGGCCUACCGCGACUGUGUCAACAAGGGUGUCUGCAAGCAGUAG